AUGGCUGCGGCGGAAAAUGAGGUUGCGGGGAGCUCUGACUCCCCGGAAAUUUUGACUCAGUUGCCUUUUCCUCCUGUUACCAAGACUCAUAUUCUUAAUUGCUCCUAUCACAAUUGGUAUCCUUUAUAUCGAUCAGUUACCCCUAAAGCUCGGCUGAUACCGCUCACGGCUCCAUUUUUAUCUUACCUCCGUGCUGAUGGCAUUAUACUCCCUCCCGAAGACCCGCAGGCCCGCGAUGAUGACGAGGACAGUGGUAUCUUCUCAUCAGAUUCUUCUACUGUUUCUGAUGACCAAGAGGAUCCAUCGACGCAGUUUCCGGAGGUUCACGCUCGAAUAAAUGAAGUUAUCGACGAGCUUGGCGGUCGUGUGGUCCCGAAACUGAAUUGGUCUUCGCCCAAGGAUGCUACAUGGAUUGCCGCCACCAAUAGCAUGGAAUGCCAAUCAGCGAACGAGAUUUAUCUACUGCUCAAGAGCUCCGACUUUAUCACGCAUGACCUGGAGCAUGUUUUUGAUGAUGUCGAGGAUGAAGACCCCGCGGAAACUGCCUCCAAAGCCCCUGCUCCGCCACCGAAGACGAUUGACGAUAUUCCAUAUCACCUCAUUCUCAGAAAGCAUGUCCAGAUGAACCCUUCAGUGGAGUUUCGAUGCUUUGUCCGACAAAGGACACUCGUCGCUAUCUGUCAGCGGGACCUGAACCACUUCGAUUUCCUCUUUCCUAUGAUUCCUGCAUUACGAUCUCGAAUCCAAUCAUUCUUCGUGGACCAUCUGAAAAAUACAUUCCCGGAUGACAACUUCGUAUUCGACGUCUAUAUUCCGCCUCCACAUGAGCGCGUCUGGUUGAUCGAUAUCAACCCGUGGGCAAUGAGGACAGACCCACUCUUGUUUUCCUGGCUUGAGAUUCUUACGAUGAACACCAAUGUCUCAAAUGAUCAUGCGGAAGAUUAUGCGUCUGUUUCAAGCGACGGAUCUAAGGACACUGGCAGUCUAGAAAACGAGGUUGAGGAAGUGCCAUUUGUCCCUGAAUUCCGUCUGGUCAAGAAGGAUGACCCUGAAGCCUACAGCUUUAAUACACCGCAAUACAGUGCGCAUAAGAUGCCCAAAGAUGUUGUGGAUGCGAGCCGUGGCGGACCAGGAGCCAUGCGGGAAUUUGCCGAACACUGGAAGGAGAUUUUGGCCCAAGCACAACAGGAAGACUCGCGCGCAGGGGAUGACUCCGAUUGA